UUUCCAACAGACUAUGAAAUCAUGCGCUUCAGGCUGUAACAAAAAUGAAUAUCCUUACACAAAAUCGUUCGCAGUAAUACAGAAACAGUCUUAAACAUUAAUUUUUUUUAAACAGCCGUCAAAUAAAAGUAACCAUAAAAAAAAUGUCUGACCGGGGUAACUUGUUGUGGUUUAUUUAUUUGGUAAACUUAUUCUUUGCCAAUGCCCAAGAACAAUCGAAAGCACCAACAACAAAUUCAACGACAACGCCUGCACCAAAUUCAAUGGCAAAACCCACUGAAUACAAGAACAACAAAUUCAUGAAUUGGUUACUGGAGGGCGACAGCAUAACUAAUGCAAUGUUCGACACCAAGCCUCGAAGGGUCGAAUAUCCAGGAUACGACGGUUGGUACAACAAUAUCGGACAACCAGAAUUGGGUGCAGUGGACACGCCCUUGUUUCGCCGAUGGCCGGCAGCCUACGAAGACGGCGUCUACAAACCCGCUGGUCGUGAUCGACCUAAUCCUUUGACCCUGAGUCGAAGGCUUCUCAGCGGUCCAAUUGGUUCAGUCUCAAAAACCGGCAAAAACGCGCUGAUCGUUUUCUUUGGGCAGCAAGUCGUCGAGGAAAUUCUUGAUGCUCAGAGACCAGCGUGUCCUCCGGAAUACUUCAACAUUCCAAUACCAGAUCACAAAGAUCCUAUAUAUAAAAACAUUGGUCACACCGAAAUUCCCUUUCUACGUACACGUUACGAUGCUCGUACCGGUUACUCGCCAAAUAACCCACGUCAACAACUUAAUGAAAUAACACCAUACAUUGACGGCGGAUUAAUUUAUGGUACAUCAAAAGCCUGGUCCGACGUUUUAAGAACUUACGCUAACGGUACCAUAGCACCCGACGGACAACUAGCUAGUUCCAGCAAUGGCGCCUUUCCAGAAAUGAAUAAAGUAAGAUUGCCAAUGGCCAAUCCACCCCCGCCGAUCAAUCAUGCCCACUAUGUCAAAAGACAUUACACCGAACCAGUCGACCGAUUUUUCAAACUGGGCAAUCCUCGUGGAAAUGAGAACCCCUUUCUCCUGACGUUCGGAAUCAUUUGGUUCAGAUGGCACAAUCAUUUGGCUAAACAUAUCAAGCGGCUUCAUCCUAAUUGGGAUGGCGAGACUAUUUACAACGAAGCACGCAAAUGGGCCAUAGCAACGCAACAGCACAUCAUCGUCAACGACUGGUUAUUCAAUUGGAUCGGUGAACGUCUACCCAAUUACAAAGGGUACGACCCAACUGUAAACCCUCAGAUAGACCAAUUUUUCCAAUCAGCAGGUUUCCGUUUUGGCCAUACGUUGGUACCAGCUGGCGUCCGGAUGAGGGAAACCGGUAAAGCUGGAUGCGCUUUCAGUGACGUACUCAGGACUUGCAACAACUUCUGGAUGUCUGAGAAUGCCCUGCAUGGAAGUCAGGGACAGAUAGAUAUCCGCAAGGAAGAGAUCGACAAGAUCAUCAUGGGAAUGGCGGUGCAGCCUAGUGAACGCGAGGAUCACACUAUUGUUGAGGAUCUACGUGGCAACGUCUUCGGCCCCUUGGAGUUCUCCAGACGUGAUCUCAUGGCGCUGAACGUGCAACGUGCUCGGGACCACGGAGUUCCGGAUUACAACACAGCCAGAAGGGCCUAUGGUCUUGCACCGGUGACAAAAUUUUCUGACUUCAAUUAUGUCACUGACUCUAUCAGAGGGAACUUGAGCGAACUCUACAAGAACGACCUGAACAAUAUUGAUAUCUGGAUCGGUGGUAUCUUGGAAACUGACGAUCGACCUGGUGAACUCUUUCGUAAAAUCAUUAUGGACCAAUUCGAACGUAUACGGAAUGGUGACAGAUUCUGGUACAAGAACACAAACAACGGAUUGUUUACAACCAAGGAGAUCGGUCGGUUAGAAGAGAUCACUUUCUAUGACGUACUGAUGUCGAUCACUGAUUUGGCUGAGAAUGAUAUUCCAAAAAAUCCUUUCAACGUUCCACGCUCACAGAAUGACAUACACGAGAAAUGUGUGAGCCAGAGUACAGUGACAAAGCAGGAGUGCACAACUAUUAAGACCCGUGUGAAGAGAGAAUGUUGGUAUGCACAACCUGUAAACAGUUCCUCGAUUGAGAAUUGCACUGCACCAGGAACCUAUGAUUAUUUUGCUGAUAGUGAUGUUUCCUUCAUUUUGACAUUUAUAGGAUUGGGCACAUUUCCCCUUGGUCUUAUUAUAUUAAUCGUAAUAACGCUGAAUCUGGAGAGAAAGAAAGAUUUGAAUCAAGGACCAGCGAGACCAAGACCAGCUAAUGAUGAUGCAGACGUACCUGUACUUACUGCCAACGAAUGGUUGGGUUUCAAUAUGCUGAAAAGACCAGUACUGAUAAUCCUAAAUCGAAAACUGAAGCACAUUCAAGUGAAGAAUAAACUUGGCUAUUUGAGCAGAGCGCUGGAUUUUAGACAUUCGAAGGAAUUGAUGGUAUUCUUGAUAUAUGAUUUGCAACGUAUUUUUCUUAACUCGACACCGAUAGCGAAAAAUCCGAGAACGAUCUUCGAGAACUAACCUACGUUACCUUCGGCCGUCCACCCUUCG